AUGUAUCUCUCAUCGAGCUUUCCCACUCCUGGAGCAACUUGGCAGAUACAAAUCGACACCCAGGUGAACCCAAACCACGAUGUCCAAGUUUUUGACAUCGAUUUGUUCGAGAACCAGGCAGCGGACGUCGCGAAUCUUCACUCAAUGGGCAAAUAUGUCAUUUGCUACUUCAGCGCCGGCACUCGUGAAUAUCAGCGUUCAGACGACGCCGUCUUCGCCACCACUACCAUCGGAAAGAAUUACAGCGAUUCGAAUGGUCUAGACAAGGAAGAAACAUGGUUCAAUACGAAAGAAGAUGCUGUUCGGCAAGGCAUGAUGGGUAGAAUUAGGAGGGCAAAAGACAUGGGCUGCGAUGCUGUAGAUCCCGACAACGUAGAUACUUACGACAACGAUACUGGAUUCAAUACUGGUGACCUCGAGACAGACAAGGCUAAUGCGAUCGACUACAUGAACUUUCUCUACAACUACACUUCGACUUACAAUGGAGGCAUGGACAUUGGUCUCAAGAACGGUGCCGCCAUGAUCAGUUCCCUGAUCGAUAAAGUCGCUUUCGAGGUCAAUGAGAAUUGCGCAAACCUCACGGAGUGCGCCAGUUUCCGUGACUUCAUCAACAAGGGCAAACCAGUAUUCGAGAUCGAGUAUCCUGUUUAUCUGCAGAACAAUGCUCCUGUUGACAACGCUGAGUGGACGAGGCUGUGUAGGGAUAACUUAGAGAACGGGGCCAGUCAACAGAAUGCACACUUCUCGACAGUCUUGAAGCGAUUUGGCUUGGGAGAUUUCACUGAUCCUUGCGGGGCGAACCCAGUCACCCCAACAGGCACAACUUGAGGUGCACUAGACUUUUUCAGAGGAGCGUCAUGUGGGCGCAUAUCGCAG